UUAAACGGUUCUUUGCCAAACCGAAGUCUGCAAUAAAUUUAACGCAUUUCAUAACACUGAAAUAUGAGUAAACUAUUGUAACAGUAUAAGAUUCAUCUGCACUGUUAAUAACAUUUUGGCCAAAUGUAAAUGUUUGCGCUUCGACAUAUGGUUUUAGUUGAUAAGACUGGAUGCGCUGCUGUGAAUUCGAAAUGGAAAUUGAGCUCGCCAAAGAAAUCCACAAAUUGAUUAUCAUUAUUAAGCAGCAGCAGCAGCCCAGUUCACUGAUAACAUAACCCAAACAACACUCACCACACGUGCAUGUAUCAAUUACUCAGUAAUCAUCCCAAGACUGGCUGACGAUAUUUUGGCUUCAUUUACGUAAAUACCAUAAGUAGUUCGUCAUGGCAUUGCCGACAAGCGACUCCAAAGCGAAUCCUGUUAAAUCAUUUAUAGCUGGAGGAUUCGGUGGAAUAUGCAGUGUGCUAACAGGAUAUCCGCUAGAUACAAUUAAGGUGCGACUACAGACAAUGCCGCUGCCCGUAGCUGGUCAGCCGCCCAAAUACAAAGGCAUUAUCGAUUGUGCUGUGAAGACGUUUAGUCAUGAGGGUGUUCGAGGCUUCUACAAAGGCAUUUCAGCACCUUUGAUAGGUGUCACGCCCAUUUAUGCGGUAGAUUUUGCCGUCUAUGCGGCUGGCAAGCGGCUCUUUCAGAGUGACGAACACGUUAAGCUCACAUAUUCACAAAUAUUUAUCGCCGGCGCUGGGGCGGGCAUUUGCUCGGCUCUGGUUACGGUGCCAUCCGAUCGCAUUAAGGUGUUGCUGCAAACCCAACCGGUGACCGGCCCAGUGAUGUACAAUGGUCUAAUAGAUACCGCACUGAAGCUCUAUAGGCAAGGUGGUAUACGGAGUCUCUUUAAGGGCACGUGUGCUUGUGUGCUGCGAGAUUCACCAACUGGUGUCUAUUUUGUUAUAUACGAGGCCUUGCAAGAUCUGGCUAGACGGCACUCAAAGACUGGUAGUAUAACGCCCACAUCGACCAUAUUUGCUGGCGGCAUGGCUGGUAUUGCAUUUUGGUCAUUGGCUGUGCCUUUUGAUGUACUUAAGAGUCGAUUGCAAUCGGCGCCCGAGGGCACCUACCAGCAUGGCAUACGAAGCGUAUUCAAGGAACUGAUGGCCAAAGAGGGACCCAAAGCGUUGUAUCGCGGUGUCCUGCCCAUAUUAAUACGUGCUUUUCCCUCAACCGCAGCGGUAUUUGUUGGCGUUGAGCUGGCCAAUGAUCUGUUAACAUUUUAGACAAUAAGGGUCUAACGCUUGUGGGCCACAUAGACGCUAUAUAAUUUUACUAUUGUAUAACAUAACAAAUUAUGUAAUUAAAUGUGUAUAUUUUGA